UUGCUCCCAAGGCGGUGAUACCCCGGCCGACAAUCCGGCCGUGGCCGACAAGGGAGAAACCAACACCAACCAGGAUAAUGAGCCAUCAACGAACCCUAUCACGACGCCACCACCAACAUCAAAACCACCACAAUCAACGGCACCUCCUUCAUCAAAACCCUCGAAACCGGCUGCAGUUGGUCCCGUAUUACAACGACCAAUGGAAGACGUUCGAGCCACAUAUUCCAUAGGGAAAGAGCUAGGGAGAGGACAAUUUGGGGUAACACAUUUAUGUACACAUAAGGUAACAAAAGAACAAUUUGCAUGCAAAACGAUUGCCAAGAGAAAACUAGUGAAUAAAGAGGAUAUAGAGGAUGUUAGAAGGGAAGUGCAAAUAAUGCAUCACCUAACGGGCCAAGCAAACAUUGUGGAAUUGAAAGGCGCAUAUGAAGACAAACAAUCGGUUCAUUUGGUCAUGGAAUUAUGUGCCGGUGGUGAACUAUUUGAUCGAAUUAUUGCAAAGGGACAUUAUACCGAACGUGCCGCAGCUUCUUUGAUGAGAACCAUUGUGCAAAUUAUUCAUACUUUGCAUUCAAUGGGUGUUAUUCAUAGAGAUCUUAAGCCAGAAAAUUUCCUCUUGUUGAAUAAGGAUGAAAAUGCACCUCUUAAGGCCACCGAUUUUGGUCUAUCCGUCUUUUUCAAAGAAGGAGAGAUGUUCAAAGACAUUGUUGGCAGUGCAUAUUACAUAGCACCAGAGGUGUUGAAGAGAAGAUAUGGGCCUGAAGUUGAUAUUUGGAGUAUUGGUGUCAUGCUAUACAUUCUUCUUUCUGGUGUCCCUCCUUUUUGGGCAGAAUCUGAACAUGGUAUAUUCAAUGCCAUCUUAAGAGGCCACAUUGACUUUACAAGCGAUCCAUGGCCUUCAAUUUCACCUGCAGCAAAAGAUCUUGUAAGGAAAAUGUUAAAUUCAGAUCCCAAACAAAGACUUACAGCCUUUGAAGUUUUGAAUCACCCGUGGAUCAAGGAGGACGGUGAAGCACCAGAUAAACCUAUUGACAAUGCUGUACUAAAUAGGCUCAAGCAGUUCAGAGCAAUGAACCAAUUUAAGAAAGUUGCUCUAAGGGUAAUUGCUGGAUGUUUAUCGGAAGAAGAAAUAAUGGGGUUGAAGGAAAUGUUCAAGGGGAUGGACACUGACAACAGUGGAACCAUUACAGUUGAAGAACUCAAACAAGGACUUGCAAAGCAGGGCACCAAGCUUUCAGAACAAGAAGUUAAGCAAUUAAUGGACGCUGCGGAUGCGGAUGGCAAUGGAACAAUAGAUUACGACGAGUUCAUCACAGCAACAAUGCACAUGAACAGAAUGAAUAGAGAAGAACAUCUUUACACUGCCUUCCAAUACUUUGAUAAAGAUAACAGCGGGUAA